AUGAGGCACAGAGGCAUGUCGUCUGGUUUGCGGAGGAUCAACACAACUCCGAAGGCCGAUGACAAGGCCGUGCACCGCAGCAGCUCUGACGCCCAAGCCGCUGGCGCACCUUGGAGGCCCAUGGCAGGUCGCCGAUGGCAGGCCGGCUGGGGUGUGGCCGUGGCUGUCUGGGCAGUGGCGGUGCUGGUUUGCGGCCCCGCCAGGUGCCCUGGAGCUGCUGUUGGCGCCGUCGAGGGCCUGAAAGGCCCAUCAGUGGGGCGGGCAGCUGUGCCUGGAAGGCUCAAUGUCCGUGGCGGGACGCCCAGCACGUCCAGCAAAAAGCGGCGGGGCUGCGUGUGCAGGGGCGUGAAACAGCCAUGCUUCGGGUUUGAGGGCGACCAGCGGCCCUCCUGCUGCGCCAAGUGCAAGUCGGAGGGCAUGGUUGACAUCAAACAUCCAAGAUGCACCUGUGGCAGAGCACGGCCCUAUUUCGGUAUGCCAAAGGAUGCGCGAGCCUCCUGCUGCGCCAAGUGCAAGUUGGAGGGCAUGGUUGACAUCAAAAGUCGGAGAUGCAACUGUGGCCAAGCACAGCCUUCUUUCGGGAUGCCAGACAAUGCGCGGUCCUCCUGCUGCUCCAAGUGCAAGCUGGAGGGCAUGGUUGACAUCAAAAGUCGGAGAUGCAACUGUGGCAGAGCAGUUCCAAGUUUUGGGAUGCCAGAGGAUGCACGGGCCUCUUGCUGCACGAAGUGCAAAUUGGAGGGCAUGGUUGACAUCAGAAAUCGGAGAUGCAACUGUGGCAGAGCACAGCCUGCUUUCGGGAUGCUAGAGGAUGCGCGGCCCUCCCGUUGUGCCGAGUGCAAGCUGGAGGGCAUGGUUGACAUCAAAAAUCCAAAGUGCUCCGUUUGCGGGACACGCGCGGAGUAUCCAGAUGCAGCUGGCGUUCCGCGGCAGCUUUGUGCAACACACUCUGCUGAAGUCGGUGCGCAUGUGCUGUCCUCACCAUCCUGGUCGCGGGCUGCAAGUGAUUGUUUGGAUCUUUUGGAGGAAGAACAAGGCUUUAACUAUCGGUUUCGUCGCAGGUUUGACGAAGAAGCCGGCGCAUGGUCUGGGGAGGAGUUUGCCGGCUUGGUUCCAGAUAGAGCGUUUCGGCCUGAUGCACAUGACCCGCAGCGGCGUGAGAUCGUGGAGUUUCUCGGGAAUUACUACCACGGCUUCCCUCCGAAACAUCCGCAGCAUCUCAGCUUCGCUUGCGUGGGCGGAAAGACGUCCCCGGAGCUCCAUCGCGAGACCUUCGAGCGCCUGGACCUCUUCCUGGAGCAAAAUCUGCGCGUCUUCUACGUCUGGGAGCACGAGUUCACCGAGUGGCAGAAGCUGGCAGCUACCGGCGAGGCGCCGCCCAUCUCUCGGAUCCUGCGCCGACACACCAAGCGCAGCUCGAAGGAGUAUGGUCCAAAAAUCCAAAGACUGUGCACUGCAGCCGCUCGGACACCAAAGCCGCUGGCGCACCUUGGAGGCCUAUGGCAGGUCGCAGGUGGCAGGCCGGCGGUGCGGCCAUGGCUGCCUGGGCAGUGGCGGUGCUGGUUUGCGGCACCAGGUGCCCUGGAGCUGCUGUUGGCGCCGUCGAUGGCCUGA